GUCACGGGUUCGAGUCCAACUCAACCAAAACAAUGACUUUAAAGUGCGUCCCAGCCGGGUUCAUCACUCUUAAGUGUCCCCUGGAAACACUUCCUUCGUGUUGUGUGGGUGUGGUCUGGUCAUGUGAGCAGGGCGAGGCUGGAGGACUUAAACAGGCUCCUGUUCCUCACAGACUCAGUGUGUGUCUGCGGCUCUCAGGUGAACUCAGAUCGCAGAGGAGCACGAUGGAUCUCUCAGACGCUCUUGGUGAUUGGCCCUCUGGUGGCAACCAAUCCGCAGGUGGCGGCCCUUGGCCUGGACAACCCAACAAUCCCACCUGGCCAGGUCAGCCGCCUGCUGCCAACCCCACCUGGCCCGGAGGUCCGUCUGGAGGUGGAGGCGUGUGGCCUGGAGGAAACCCCAGCCAGCCCACCUGGCCCUCCCCCUCCCCACAACCUGCAGCACCUGGAGGAUGGCCCAGUCCUUCACCUGGACCUGGACCUGGACCUGGACCCACCCACCCCACUGCCCCUCAACAGAAUCUGGCGGUGCCGUACCAACAGAAUCUGCCCAGUGGAGUUUAUGACAAACUGCUGAUCACCAUCGCUGGAACCGUCAAACCCAACGCUGACAAGAUCACAGUGGAUAUGUCCACCGCGAAUGACCUGGCCUUUCACUUCAACCCUCGCUUCAAUGAGAGCGGCAGGAAGGUGAUCGUCAGGAACAGCUGCAUCGGCAAGAAGUGGGGCAAAGAGGAGCGAGACCUGCAGCACUUCCCCUUCGUCCAUGGGCAGCCGUUUGAGAUGAAGAUCCUGUGCACCAGCAGAGAGUUUAAGGUGGCCGUCAACAACUCUCACCUGCUGGAGUUCAAACACCGGAUCACCGACCUGAGAUCCAUCAACAAACUGAACAUCUACUAUGACCUCAACCUGUCCAAGGUCCACAUGGAGACCUUAGCCUGAGACACGUCACCAGAUCCACCACAGAUAUAAGGGUUGGGGCGGGGGGCAUCUGUUCAUAACUAUCUGUUAAAUAAUCUGUCAAUUAAUUCAUAAGAAAUCCACCACAAUAUUAAUACUGUGUCCGUCAUAGAACAGCUGGAGAUCCAACAAAGAUCUACUUUAGAUCAAUCAGAAAUCUUAUGGGGAUCUGCUGGAGAUCCACCUGCAUUCCACUGGAGAUCCACCAGAGGUCUACUAGGUAUCAAACAGAGAUCUACUGGGGAUCAUACAGAGAUCUACUGGAGAUCCACCAGAAAUCUACUGGGGAUCACACAGAGCUCUACUGAAGAUCCACCAGAAAUCUACUGGGGAUCACAUAGAGAUCUACUGGAGAUCCACCAUAAUGUAAUGGGGAUCAAACAGAGAUCUACUGGGGAUCAAACAGAGAUCUACUGGGGAUCACACAGAGCUCUACUGGAGAUCCACCAGAAAUCUACUGGGGAUCACAUAGAGAUCUACUGGAGAUCCACCAUAAUGUAAUGGGGAUCAAACAGAGAUCUACUGGGGAUCACACAGAGAUCUAUCGGAUAUCCACCAGAAAUCGACUGGGGAUCAAACAGAGAUCUACUAGAGAUCCACCAUAGAUCUACUGGGGAUUGCACAUAGAUCUACUGGAUAUCCACCAGAAAUCUAUUGGAGAUCAUAAAGAGAUCUACUGGGGAUCGCACAGAGCUCUACUGGGGAUCAUACAGGAAUCUACUGGAGAUCCACCAGAGAUCUAUUGGACCAUCACUUUACCCUCACGGUAAAUGAUUGAAGAUGAUCAUCAGUAGAUUCACAGUAGAUCUUUAGUCAAUCCAAAAUAGCAGCACUUUAGAUGAUUCUUGGCUAAGUCAGAAUAAAAUGUUUAUACAUUAAACAUCCACAGAAGGUUCUCAGGGGAUCCUCGAUGGAUCCUCAGUAGAUCCAUCCUCAGGAGAUCCCCUUUUACUUGUUGUCUUGUGUUUGUACUCAAGUGACUCCUAAAUAAAGUUUCAUCUUUAA